AUAUUGCACAUUGGGAACAUUUUAACCGCCGUUUUGCGUGACAUCAUCGAAUUCAACUGAAAUUCCUUAUUUAAAGCCUUCAACAGGAGAUUUUAAGCAAUUUUUCAUAUUAUUUGUGUGUACAAAAAUCUAUAAAAUGGAUGAUGUUUAUGUUUUUAAGAAGACUCUUCUCGAGAGAUAUGACGAUUGUUUGAACAUUUUUAGCUUAAAAUCGGAAAUCAAGCCAUCCGAAAUCCAAAAAGAGUGGAGUAACUUUCUCGAUGUCGUUGUAGAGCCAGCAGGUUGGCAAGCUAUUUGGAAAGUUCCUCGUGCCACAUGCGAUGUCCUGAAGCUCCGAUUUCCCAUUAACAUCAUCGGGACUGUCAAUCAAGUGUAUUACGAUGAUUUGACAGCAAAUUUUACAAUUGAAGAAGUCGAGGAUUGCGGCAGCGACGAAGAAGUUAAUUUGCCCGAUCAGUACGACGUUAGUUUAAUGGAGCUUUUUCCCACGAAAUCGCAAGAAAAUCAAGCUUUGAAUAUCGAACGAACAGCUGAAGGCAUCGAUUCGCUUCGUUUUUUCUAUUCUCACAUCUGGCGAGCAUGGGAUGCGGAUUGUGACGUCGACAUGGAUUGGAAUUCUUAUUUGGAAACCCGUAUUAAAUUCUAUUUUGACCUAAUUUCGCAGAAAAUGUCGAAACGAUUGGCAGUUCACAUCAAGAAUUUGUUGGAAGAAGCGAAUUACGUGUUCAAAAGGAAGCAAUUGAUCGAAGAGGAAAUGGACGACGAAGAUGACGAUGUUCCCACGAAAAAUGUGAAAGAACUCAUGCACUUGCAUUAUCGCCUAAAAUUACUGCGAAACGACUUGGAAAUGUUAGAAAACGAGGAUAUGCGUCAAGUUUUCGAGUCCAUCAAGUUUAGCGCGAACGGCGAUGGAUGUGACAGCACAAAACGAUUUUCCUUAAAUGUUCACGAGCAACCUGCCAGCAAAGGGAGCACUUUUAUCGUGUGUCCUGAAAGUAAUUUCAAAGAAUUAUCGUCAUUCAUCAACUCGUUACAAAUAAAAGAUGACACUCCCGUAUCCACACAUCACUCACUCGCCGAUGUCUUUGAACAUUGUUCGAAUGUCAAGCAAAUUUACUUGUCUCCCGCAACUCAUACCUUGAAUUUCAACGAAAAUCUCUUCGGAAAAUGCACAAUUACGGGAUCCAAUUCGACUUUGACGUCAAAAGUAUUUGAAACAACGCUUUUAACUCUUAAUGGAUCCUUUGUCUUGGAAAACAUCACGUUUGAUUGCAAGAACUCGAGUGUUGGUUUAGUCAUUACGGAAGGUAAAACGAUCCUUCGUAACUGCACGUUGAUCGGUAAGCCAGCAGCAUCCAUCCAAGAAGGCAUAAUUGUGACAGGAAAUGCUUCGUUGACUCUUGAAAACUGUAAAUUUGUGAAUUUUGCGACGGCACUUCAGACAAGAAGGAAUUCUACGGUGAGCUUGAACGACGUAACCAUCAAAGAUUGUCAAAUUGGACUGGAUUUGGGUAAAAAGGCGAAUUCCAACAUGAGUGGUGUCAAAUUCGAGAAUGUUAAAAAAGAGUGCCUGAAGGAUGAUGCAAAAAUUGAAGAAGAAAAAGAUGAAAAUAUGGAUAUUCCUGAGAAAGAUGUUUCGUUUAAUGAUUCCAGUAUUAUUUGUAUUGAUGAUUAAUGUUGAUUUUUUGUAUAAAUUCAAAUAAAAAAAACUCAAAAUAAAUAUUUU